AUGCCGAAAUCAAAAAGAGAUAAGAAAAUUUCUCUUACGAAAACUAGCAAAAAGGGCAAAGCAUUAAAAGAUCACAUUAUCGAUGAUGUGAGAAAUUGCGUGGAAAAAUACGACCGCAUAUGUGUAUUUGCUGUCCGUAAUAUGCGCAAUAAUAAGCUGAAGAAUUUAAGAGAAGAAUGGGUGGACAGUCGUUUUUUCUUUGGUAAAAAUAAAAUUAUUGCUAUUGGUAUGGGAAAAACACCAGCGGAAGAGAUUGCUGAUGGUAUUCAUAAACUGGCUAAUAAUUUACAUGGACAGUGUGGUUUAUUGUUUACAAAUAAAUCUAAACGUCAGGUGUUGGAUUGGAUGGAUAAAUACUCAGAAGUUGAGUACGCUAGAGCUGGAUUUAUUGUUCCUGAAACAAUAGUAUUACCCGAAGGACCUUUACCUGAUUUUUCACAUGCCAUUGAACCUCAUCUAAGACAACUUGGUAUGCCAACGGCUCUUAAAAAAGGGGUUGUUACAUUAAUCAAAGAUUAUGAAGUUUGUAAAAAGGGAUUUCCACUUACUCCAGAACAAGCCAAAAUACUAAAACUGUUUAGUAUGCAAUUGGCAACAUUUAAAUUAAUCCCACUUGGUUUUUACUCCAAAAAGAAGGGAUACCAAAAAAUCAAGGCUGCUGACGAUAACGAAAAUAUUGAAAAUAUGGAAACAGAAAUUGUUGAUGAGACGUAA